UUAGUUUCGCUAAAAUAUUUCAAAAGUACUAACACAAUACUCACAAUAGAAACGAAUAUUAAAUUCAAAGUAUUCUCAAUCUUUGAUCGGCAUAAUGAAAGUCCUAUUUGUAGUUUUUCUUAUAGUUGAUUCGAUGCUCUUUACCCUCGCUUCGGACACAAAAUAUUCGAUAUUCUGUCACUGGAAUACUGAGGCCUACGAGCGCAAGAAAACUAGUUUUUUUGAUUCAUGGAGCAUUAAUGUACGCCUUUGUACGCAUUUAGUAUUCGGGUCAGUUGCACGCUUAGAUCCGAUGGGAUCGGGCGCCUUGAAGAUUAUCAAUCAAAAGUUUCUCGACAAUCGGAAGGAAAUCGUAAACGUGAGGCGUGAUAGCUGUAAACAAAUCAUUUCUGUUGGCGGCAUGAAAGAUGACGCGAAAAGGUUCUCCAAGAUGGCAGCGAGCAUGGCCAAACGCGAUCAGUUUUAUAAAUCACUCAUUAAUUUCCUCUUCAAAUGGAACUGUAGUGGCGUCCUCUUAGAUUGGCAGAAUCCGACUUCUGAGGAUCGUGACAAUUUUGUGCACCUGUUAAAAGAGCUAAAGAUUAUUCUUAAAGAAUAUCACUUUCUCCUGUUGGUUGCCGUUUCUGCCCGGCUGGGUGAAGCUACUCCCCGGUCUUAUGACUUUCCUAAAAUGGCGAAGCACGCAGACUUUAUUAUCCUUAAUACCUAUGACCAUCAGAAUCCCUACGGUCCCAAGGUUGAAUACAUCUCGCCGCUCUACGGCAACGGCAGCAGAAGUGUGGAGCGAGAUGUCCGGUACUGGGUCGAGCAGAGCAAAAUCUCGAAAAAGCUAAUCCUUGGCAUUCCACUAUUCGCGCAAACCUUCACUCUGGAAAACGCAAGCAAUACGGUUGUGGGUGCGCCCAGCAAGGGUCCUGGUAGGCAGCACGUUUAUUCUAGCCGGGCGGGAUUCAUGACGUUUGCUGAAUUCUGCGCGGAAACAGCCAAGUGGGAAAUUAAAUAUGACAAGCAGGCGCAGGUGCCAUAUGCUUAUAAGUAUGACCAAUGGAUCACCUUCGAGAAUGGCCGCAGUAUAAGCGCAAAGAUGCACCUAGUUAAGGAACAACGGCUGGGUGGCGCGAUGGUGUGGUCCAUCGAUGCGGACGAUAUCGAAGGUAUAUGCGGGGAAAGCUACGGACUGCUCAAGGUUGUCGUAUCAACCAUAGGGAGCCCUAAUAUAUUAACUACCGCAGCGCCCAGUACUGACGGUGUCGGCCUCUGCCCAAAGGAUGGGUUAUUCCGCAACAAAUGGAAUUGUCAGGCAUAUUAUGAGUGUAAAUAUGCCAGGCGCACUGACUACGAGUGCUCAGUAGGAGAGUUCUUCGACGAGGAACUUGGUCAGUGCAAGCCAUCUGCAGGGGUAAAAUGCAAUCAGGAUUUUGUCAAUUGGCGCCCAGGCGAAGAUGGCUACAACUCUGACAACUUGCCCCCAAAUCUGAGGGUAGUCGUAUAAAUCGCUUUAAGAAGAUUUACACACAUUGUACAAAUAAAUCCAUUCGGUUGUGUACUUUAAAA